AUGAGGCCCCGGGUCUUGUCCCGGCUGGACUGGGGUCCACCGGCGGGGGCGGCUCUCUCCCUGUUCGUUCUUGCGCUUCUGGUAGUGGGACCGGCCAGUACCUACAAGCUGAACGUACCGAAAGUGUUGCUGCCUUUCAGCCGGGACAAGCGCGUCCCCUUCGUGCUGGGCGCUGAGGGCGGUUGCUACACCUGGUACUCCACACGCCACGAUAUAGUCACCAUUGAGCCAGUGUAUGAGAACAGCACGGUUUGCUCACAGAGAGCGUUGCUGACUACCUGCUCUACCCAGGCGACAAAGUUAGCCAGUGUUGUUAUAGCAGAAGAGAUAGUGACAGGCCACUUGCUCCGUUGCGACAUCAUCGUGGACCUCAUAGACCAUGUUGAAAUUAUCUCCCGAACCCGAGAGAUUUAUGUUGAAGAUUCCCCACUCGAGCUCAGUGUGAGGGCUCUGGAUGCUGAAGGGAACACAUUCAGUAGUUUGGAAGGGAUGGAAUUUGAGUGGAGCAUCGCCAAAGACGACGAGAUGGAAAACUUGGAGCUGUCCAGCAAGAUUAGGAUUUUAAAAUAUUCCGAAGCAGAAUAUUCUCCGCCGGACUACAUUGUUGAGAUGGAAAGAGAGGAGAAACAAGGAGACAGGAUUCUAGUCUCAGGAAUCAAAACAGGGGCGGCGGUCAUAAAAGUCCGAAUACAGGAGCCUGCUUACAAGAAAGUAGCGGCUGCGCUUGUGCGCCUGUUGGUCCUAGAGAACAUCUUCUUAAUACCCUCCUAUGACAUCUCCCUGCUGGUUGGAGCCUUCAUUAAGUACAAAGUUGGCAAAAUAGUUCAAGGGAAGAUCACAGAGGUGGAACUACCUUUGGAGCACUACGAACUCCAGCUGCAGGAUGAAGCUAAGGUACCUGGAGGAUCAGACCUCCUCCCCGUCGCCAAACUGGAUGUGAACACAGCCACCGUCACUGCCAUGCAGCUGGGACAGGUUACCCUUGUCUUUGUCCAUAAAAACAUCCACAUGCGAGCUUCCUCUGGACUUCCUAAUUGCAGCAUAUAUGUUGUAGAGCCUGGAUUUCUAGGUUUUACUGUGCAGCCCGGAAACCGGUGGAUCUUAGAAGUGAAGCGAGCAUACACCAUCACGGUUGACGUGUAUGAUAAAUCAAGCUCUAAGAUCUACCCCUCUGAUAAUCUCAGAAUAACGCACCAGUUUCCUGUGGAAUAUUUUGAGGAGGUCACGUCUUCGGUGAAUGGUACCUACCACAUAGUUCAGAUUCUGAAAGAUGGUAUCAGCAUAAUAAAAGCCACUCUGGUUUCUGUUCUUCUUCAGAGUGGCGUGGAAGACUUCUUACUGGCCCCAAUCAGCCAUGAACAAGAAGUGAAGAUUUAUCUUCCCAUCAAGCUGACACCAUCCUUCUUGGCCUUCCCACACCAUCCUCUGGAUGUUUUGUAUCGAUACAGAGUGCAGGUAACAGGAGGCAGCGGCAACUUCACAUGGACCUCUUCCAAUCAGACGGUGUCCACUGUCACUGUGAAAGGGGUGAUCUCAGCAGGGCUAGUCCAGGGACAAAGCACAGUGCAGGCUAGAGACGUCCAGAAUCCUUUCCAUUUUGGAGAAAUACAGGUACGUGUGCUCAAGCUGUCAAAGAUGGAGUUGCUGCCAUUCCAUGCAGACGCUGAGAUCGGACAGACCUUGGAGGCUCCACUCACGAUGUAUCACACAGAGAAGGAGACAGGGGAGACGAUCGCUUUCACUGACUGCUCCCUCUUAGCCCUGGAUGUCAGUAUGGACAAGCAAGGCGUGUUCGCCUUGGAUGAAGAGGGCAAGCAGAAAGCAGGCCCGACGUUCUGCUCGAGCAUCCAGUUAGCAGCAAAGUCUCUGGGACACACGCUGGUGACGGCUAGUGCCACAGUCUAUGAGGAGUAUUUUGAAACCAGUGCCACCUUCGCAGCUUAUGAACCUCUCAAGGCGGUGAACCCCGUGGAGCUGGCGCUGGUGACCUGGCAUUCCACAAAGGAAAUGGUGUUCGAGGGCGGCCCUGGCCCUUGGGUUUUGGAACCCUCCCGCUUCUUCAUAGAACUCACAAUGGAGCAGGAGGACAAAGUCCAUGUGAUGGAGGUCCGAUUAACUGCCAAGAGGAAGUCAAACCAGUAUAUUUACCGGAUCACGUGCCUGGAGCUGGGGGAACAGGUCUUGACAUUCCAGGUGGGCAACCAUCCCGGAGUGCUGAACCCUAGUCCUGCUGUGGAGACGGUGCAGGUGAGGUUCAUUUGUGCCCAUCCUGCCAGUAUGGCUGUGACACCCGUGUACAAGCUGGCAGCUGGCACCCCGCCUUGCCCCUUGCCACAGCAUCACAAGCAGCUGGUCCCCGUGUCCAGUUUACGGAACACAGUCUUGGAACUAGCUUUGUUUGACCAGCACCGGCGAAAGUUUGACAACUUCAGUUCCCUGAUCCUGGAAUGGAUGUCAGCCAAUGAAACCCUUGCACACUUCACUCACCCCCGGUCCAUGCAGAUGGUACCAAAGAAUGACGGGACUGGACAAACCAGGCUUCACGGGCAUCAGCUCCUAGAGGUUCAUCAGAUCAAAGGGACUGUUCUGAUUGCAGUCAGCUUCGUGAAAUAUUCAGAAAGAGGCAGCCCCAAAGAGGUCUCCAACUCCCCUGCCUCUGCAGCUGUGGAACUGUCACUCGUUGAAGAUGUGACGGUGGUUCCCGACAAUGUCACCAUGUACAACCACCCGGAUGUAAAGGAAGCGUUUGCACUGGUGGAAGGCUCCGGCUACUUCCUUGUCAACAACAGUGCAGAGGAGAUGGUGAACAUCACCUACCUGGAGACAGAGAGUGUGGUUCAUGUCAUUCCAGUCCUCCCUGGUUCUCUGACCUUGGAAGUUUAUGAUCUCUGUCUGGCCUUCCUGGGACCGGCUACAGCUUAUCUGAGGGUAUCCAAUAUGUUUGAGCUGGAAGUGGACCUCAUUGACAAGAUCGAGGUCGGCAAAUCUGUGCUGGUCUCAGUGAGAGUCCUGGGAUAUCAUCGACACCCCUUCCGGAGCAGAUACUUCAUGUACAUGCGACUCCAGUUGAAGGCAGCCUCCCCUAUCGUCACGCUUAUGCUGAUGGAAGAAGUGGGUGAAUACUCUGAAGUAUACUUGCUCCGAGCUGUGGCAGUGGGACAAACAACUUUGGUAGCCACGGCCUGGGACAAGAUGGGGACAAAAUUCACAUCUGCACCUCGGAAGGUGGAGGUCUUCCCACCAUUCAAACUCAUCCCAAAGAAAAUGACCCUCAUUCCACACAACAUGAUGCAGGUGAUGUCAGAAGGCGGCCCACAGCCACAGUCCCUCAUUCACUUCUCAAUCAGUAACCAGACUGUGGCCAUGGUCAAUGGACUCGGACAAGUCACCGCCAGGGCUGUGGGCACAGCCACUGUGCAAGGGACCAUUCGGGCCGUGAACGAAGACACGGGGAAAGUCAUUGUUUUUUCACAGGAUCAAGUGGACCUAGAAGUGGUUCAGUUGAGAGCAAUAAGGAUUUACGCUCCUGCCACCAGGCUCAUCACAGGCACUGAGAUGCCAGUGUAUGUUGUGGGACUAACCAGUACCCUGACGCCAUUCUCCUUUGGGAACGCCAAUCCAGGGCUGACGUUCCACUGGGCCAUGAGCAAACGGGACGUCCUGGACCUCCUUCCCAGACAGUCAGAGGUUUCCCUGCAGCUUUCUCCAGAGAGCAACUUCGCUAUGGUUGUGCACGCAAGGACCGCUGGGAGAACAAGCAUCAAAGUGACGGUGCAGGCUCUGGAUGCCCACAGCAGGCAGUUCGAAGGGAACCUCACUGAGCUCGCGGAUGAGGUGCAGAUACUGGUUUUUGACAAACUUCAGCUCUUCUCCCCAGAGUGCCCCACAGAACAAAUUUUGAUGUCCAUGAAUUCACAGCUCAAGUUGCUCACUAACAGGGACGGGGCAGCCUUUGUGAGCUUCCAGCUCCUCCAGUGCCACCCCAACUCCUCCAUCAUUGAGGACGAUGGGCAUGGCCUUCUCAAAGCGGGAGCUGUCACAGGGACGGCCGUGUUGGAGCUGACCUCCUUGGAACCUUUUGGAGUCAAUCAGACUGUCAUCACGGGAGUGCGGGUGGCCCCAGUGUCCUACCUGCGGUUGAGCAGCUCUCCCAAGCUCUACGUGGCCAGCAGGAUGCCCCUGCGUGCCUUUCCCUUGGGCAUGGCCCUUACCUUCACCGUCCAGUUCUAUGAUAGCAUUGGGGAGAAGUUUCACACGCAGAACACCCAACUUUACCUGGCCUUGAACAGAGAUGACCUGCUCCUCAUCCGUCCAAGCAACAAGAACUUCACGUACGUCGCCCAAGCAGUGAACAGGGGUGUGACCCUGGUGGGCAUCUGGGAUGAGAAGCACCCCGGCAUGGCAGAUUACAUCCCUGUCCCCGUGGAGCACGCCAUCGAGCCAGACCUCUCACAGCCGCUUGCUCUGGGCGACGUGGUGUGUUUCAGCACACCCCUUGUCAACCAGGAAGGGGAACCUGGGACUUGGCAAAUCUCACCCAAUGAUGUCCUGGAGUUAGAGAUGAUGACCGGAGUGGCGUUUGCAAAGAAUCCUGGGAAAGCCACCAUCUUCCAUGAUAUCCCAGGGAUAGUGAAAACCUACCGAGAGGUUGUCGUCAGCAGCUCCUUGAGAUUAAGCCUUCACCUUGGACCCAAAAACUUCUUAACCAACACUCCAAACUCUUCUGAAUUCCGGGUUUUCAUUGCCACUAGCAAUAUAGGAACAACUCUUAGAGGUCCUUGCACUUCUCUGCAGCUUCAUGCUAUCACCAACAAGCUUUCCCCAGAAUCUCAUCUGGUUUGCCAAGUGGAGUUCAGGGAGACCAUCCUAGACACUGCAGCAAGCAAAGUCUUUCGUAUCCAGUCUGAGUUCUAUGCUGACAAAGGUCUCUACGGCUGUACCAUAACAGCGAAACCCCAGCUGGAGGAGGAGCUGCUGGCCCUGAGCACGGCUGAAGCCUCCGUCGAUGUAACAGCCUCUCUUCGCAGCGAGCAAAGCCAAGCGGGGGCGCCCAGCGUCUCGGUGCCCUUCUUCCCUGCCUUCUAUGUCAACCAAUCAGAAGUCGUCUUCAGCAGUCGGCAGCUGAGUGGCGAAAUCUUAGUGUUGGGCACAAGGAAGGUAACAGAAAAAAUAGAGGUCCAGCCCAGUUCCCCAGUGAUAGAAGUGGAGAAACCCUUCCACCUGCCAAGCAUGCCCGGACAUGUUGUGUACUCUGUCAGCGUGGUCAACCUGACGUCUCUCCAGCAGAUGGCAGCACCAGUCUUUAUCAACCUCUCCUGCACCCUGACAAGCCAGAAGGCUGCCGUAUUGGUGCGAGUGCCGCCAGGAAACUAUUUACUGGGUCAGUGUGCCGAAGGUGGAAUUGUCGGCCAACUCGUGGGCUCCUACCAGGUCCUCCUCUUCACUGUCUUUGCUGUCCUAGCGUCUACCACAGUCAUCUUUCUCACUUAUAACGCCUUCUUGACAAGAGUGCAGGCAGUCCCCACAGUGUACAUUCCAACCGCUUCUACAGUACAGGCAGCGUACGGCUAUCCUCCGUCUCACGGGCAGCCGCAACAUCCCAGCACAAGGAACAGGACUCAGGCCUGGCUGUGGAGCGUAAGGAGAUAACUGUCACUGGCAGACGAAGCACUGGAUAAUGAGUAAACUGGUGAAGCUUACGGGCAGUCUUGCUUUUCAUUGGGAAGGAAAGCUACUUUCCUAGGGGAGAAGGGGCCUGAAGGGUCCACAGCGCGCAUUGCUCAAAAGGCCUGUUGCAUUUUGCUUGGGCAGAGGACAAAAAUAGCCCCUUGUUACCCACAGAGGAUGUUUUGUUGACAGCACUGCUGUUCGUUAUUCAAAGGAGCAAAAACACUUAAGGCCUAUCCAUCUGUAGCUAUUUUAGCCCUACAUU